UCAGAACAGACCAACCCCCAGCAGAGGCGGGGGGCUCAGCCUCAGCUCCGUGUCCGGUAUAAAUACCUUCUCUCCCGGCUCUGGUCUCGUCUUCGCGCCGGCAGCGGCUCCGUCUGAACGGUCAGAACACACGAUGGCAGCGCUGAAGAAAGUCUGUGUGGUCGGCUCUGGUAACUGGGGCUCUGCCAUUGCCAAGAUUGUGGGCGCCAACGCAGCUAAGUAUGACAAGUUUGACACCACAGUGAACAUGUGGGUGUUUGAGGAGAUGGUGAAUGGCCGCAAACUCACAGACAUCAUCAACACAGACCAUGAAAAUGUAAAGUACCUGCCCGGUCACAAGCUGCCCCCCAACGUGUUGGCCGUUCCAGACUUGGUUGAGUCUGUGAAAGGAGCCGACAUCCUGAUCUUUGUGGUCCCUCACCAGUUCAUUGUGAGAGUGUGUGACACCAUCAAAGACCACAUUAAGAAGGAUGCUGUAGGAAUGUCUCUCAUCAAGGGUGUUGAUGCGGGUCCAGAGGGUCUGAAGCUGAUCUCAGAGGUCAUCCGAGGGAAACUGGGCAUCACCAUGACGGUCCUCAUGGGAGCAAACAUUGCCAACGAGGUCGCUGAUGAGAAGUUCUGUGAAACCACCAUCGGCUGCAAAGACAAAACACACGGGUCCAUGCUGAAGGAGCUGAUGCAGACCACCAACUUCCGUGUGACCGUGGUGGGAGAGUCUGACGUCGUGGAGAUCUGUGGAGCUCUCAAGAACAUUGUAGCAGUAGGAGCAGGGUUCUGCGAUGGCCUGGGGUUCGGGGACAACACCAAGGCUGCUGUGAUUCGUCUCGGCCUGAUGGAGAUGAUCGCCUUUGCCAAGGUCUUCUGCACAAACUGCCCUGUCUCCCCCUCCACCUUCCUGGAGAGCUGCGGCAUCGCUGACCUCAUCACAACCUGCUAUGGUGGACGCAACCGCAAGAUCGGGGAAGCUUUCGCCAAAACAGGCAAAACCAUUGAGCAGUUAGAGAAUGAGCUGCUGAACGGUCAGAAGCUUCAAGGUCCAGCAACUGCAACUGAGGUCCAUCAAAUCCUGAAACAGAAAAACAUGGUGGACAAGUUUCCUCUUUUCACUGCUGUUUACCAGAUCUGCUUCAACGGCCACCCAGUCACAGAGUUCAUCAAAUGUUUGCAGAACCACCCAGAGCACAUGUAGAGGACUGACAUGAGGUUGGGAAAGGACUUUAACAAUAGAAAUAUAAAGGGGGACAGGUUAGUUGAAGAUUGUGCCUAACCCUGACUGCUCUCCUGUUUGAGUCUUGAACAGAGAAAAAGAUGGAGUAGAGAACACUCUGUCUACCUGAGCUGCUGCUAUUACAUUACUGACAGAAAUUUGUCGCUGCCUCUGUUCUUACUCAUUAGAAACAUACGUCACUAAAUGUUGCAUAAAUCCACUGAGUCUUAAAAGUUUGAAGAAUUCGAGUUACUCUGCCUUACACAAUACACAAACCCCGACCUGAAUGUUUGAAAUGUUUCAUCAUGUCUGAGGUGAAAGUGCCUUAACCCGCCCUUUUCACUGACAUGUAUGUUAAACAAAGCACUGAACACGCAACAGUCACCGCUCCCACUGUGCUGCUUCUCUGUGAGACUUCUUCAGAUAUAAGCGAUUACUUAAGAUUUAUUUUGGAAUAAAUUAUUUAACUAAUUUA